AUUUCUUAACCUCAAUAUAGCCGGGGUAUUUUGUUUCGUGUACUCUUUAUUGAGAAGUUUUGUUUUCACCUUUGCUCCUAAUAUUGAAUAGGUCAAUCACUGUUACAGGACAUUUAUAUAGCGCUCAACCUCGAUUUAAGUACAUUGCUCCUUCUUCAUCUAUCAAACACCUAAGUCCCAUCUAUACAUCUUCUCCUUCUUUUCUUUUUGUGCUACUCUUCAGUAACACCUCUUAUCGUGGGCUCUCUUAUUACCUGUUUGUGUUGCAAAUGCCGUAAAUUCUUACAAAAACUAAAACUAUUUGUUCACUUAAGCUGUUCUGAAAACAGCGAAAACAUUAGUUAAGCAUUUUUGUUAUGCCCACGAGGAUAAUGCAACAGACACCCUGGCGCACAAUUCCCAGGCGUCCAGUGUACCGUUAAGCCAGUAGUAUACCAUUGUUGGGUGGGGAAACCUUUCAGAAGAGCGGGGUGGACCCAGGCGUUGAGGGAUCCUGAUCUGUGACUGGUGGCUCUGUCAGUCGGCGCCCUAUGGAGGUAUAAUAAGGGCUAUCGGGAUCUUGAAGGGCUCUACUACGAUGCUUUCCAAGUUCGCUCUACAUCAAUCAAGUGGACUCACGUCAAGGCAGAAGUAAGAUUCUUGAAAGCAUGGCUCUGAUUUGAGAGAGUGUUCAGUACAAACUUAUCACCUUACGGUUGUUCUUCAAUUCUUGAUGGUCGUCAUCCAAAUCACAGACGAAAAGAGCAACAAUCGGAAGACAUUAUCCAGCCAUCAGUCAUGCCGCGAGACCCGACUGGACUCACGUCUGCUGCCAGCCGCGAGAGCCGGAAGUCACUGCCAGUUCCGGUGUUGAGAAGCGAGAAGACAGCUCUGGCCAGAUUGUCC